CGAUCUCAACGCGAGCGGUUGUGCGUAGCGGACUAACGACGACACGGCGUAUAAGUAAUAGAAGAAUACAACAAAAAGUUGAAAUAUUGAGUUACGUGCGAGCAGUUAAACAAAUAAAGACUUCUGUAAUCUAAAUUUAAAGAGUUUCAUUUGAGAAGAGAAAGAGAAUAGCAAGAAAUAGUUAAACAUACAGCUGAUGUGUUCUGCUCUGGCAAUAGUGCAAUUUAUAAGUGAGUACACAGUGCAAAUACAACAAUAGCCAAUAAACAACAAAAAGUGAAAGCAAAAAGAUAGUAUCGCAAAAUCUCUGGAUCAGCAAAAAACUGCGAAAAUCUAAGGGUGUUUUGGUUGAAAUUAAAGUGUCUCAUAAAGUUAGCAAAAAUACAGCGAAAAGGCAGUGAAAAGUUGGCAAAAAUAUUCGGGCAGCAAAUACCCUAAAAAUAACAAAAAUAAUAAUAAUAAAGCGCCUCAACAACAAACAAUAAUGUCACCAUUUACAAGCGAUUUGAACAUCAAAACUAACACCAACACUAUGAUGAUCCACGCCGCCAUUGCCGAGAUGGCCGCCACCGCUGCAAACGUCGAGUUGGUGGCACGCGGCAAUGCCACCGACAAUGAUAGCGACAGCGACCACGACAAUAUGUCGCUUAUGAGUCGCUGCCGCCGCAGCAUCAGGGUGCGAGUUGGCGAUUUGAUGAGCUACCAGAAUAUGCUUGUAGUGCUAACGGUGUUGGUUUGCGGCCUUGCCACCGUCAACGGGCUCAAGUGCCACAUGUGCGGCCAGUAUAACGAGGGCGUCGGUUCCAUUACGCCUUGCCUCAACUACUCGGAUCAAUAUGCGCAUCUCUAUCUGAAGGAAUGCUCGAAGAAAAGCGAGAAGUACUGUGUGAGAACUGAAUGUGACGUUGUGUUGAUAAACGUUCAUAAAACUGAUAUGGACUUAGCUGUGUCUUAA